GCGCGCACACAUCAUUUUGAUGCUUAAAGUCAGACAGAAUGUUGCUAUUGUCAUCGGUUGAUUGUUAUCGACGGCUAAAACAGUUCAUAGUAUUAAGAUCAACGUUUCUCCAAGCAGUGAUUAGCGGUCUAUAAACUCUCUAUGGUAAUGUCCUUGGAUGACGUUACAGGCAGAGUUCAGGGACUAGUGAUUUUGACCCAAAAUAGUUCUUUGCUGCACGUCCAGAACUACAAUGUAAAUACACUAAAGAUUUAGUGUAAGCUAGUUUACUAAGACAUCAUUGGUCAACCAGCAUAUACACUAAAGCAGAAGUACAAGGUAUUCAAUGGGUUUGGCAAGGAUCACGAAACGRCGGAAGAUGGCUUGAACGUUACAUGGCAUCAGCAAAAACGCCUUUUCCAGUUGAAUCUGCUCAAAAUUGAAUACAUUACUUCUUUGAAACAUAGUAACGCCAAGUGUCACGCGUUGGCCAUGAUUCCUUGCGAUGCAAUAUGGCGGACAUGCUAUUUGCUAUGUUACAAUUAUGCCUAAUCAUUUUAGCUCAGCAAUGCAGUAUAAUUAACUAAAUCAAAGGAUUCUUAAGUCUUUCAAAUAACCAAGUUGAUAGACAGUCAGCAAGUAAAAUCAAGACUUGGGAAAACUAAGAUGGCAUUGACAAGAAGCCAAGCUGCAAGUCGCAAUACUCGUUCUACUGGUCAGAGUAAUCUAUCUUUGGGAUUAACACAUCGCACUCAAAAAAGAAAACAAGCGAAAACAAAAUCAAAAAUACCAAAGAUAAAUACUUCGAAGUCAACAAAGUUUGACAACCUAAUAACAUMUUUUGGCGAAGUGCUUUGGAAUUUGGUACAGGAAUAUUAUCCUUGGAUGAAAAUCUUAUUGGAACCGUUGAAGGGCUCAGUGUCAGCUCCACUUUUUAUUUCUAUCAUCUUGUUGUUGCUGUCUUUAUACACGCUUUGGGGCUCUGCCAGCGUUAUUUGGCAAAGUUUAUUUACAGAUGAACUACCAAGUCUUUAUGUUAAUGAUGUUUCGUUUGCCCCAAGGCAUCGAUGGAUAUGGCGRGAACAAGAAGUUUUGAAUAUCACAAAACAAAUUGAAAGUUUGUGUGAUAAGCACGAUGGCAAACUAGUACAUGUGUAUUUGGUCGGAGGGCCCGGCUCGGGAAAAUCUGAGCUAAGUAGACAAGUUGGUCUUCAUCUGUAUGAAACGAAAAGACAAAAGGAUAGACCAAUGGACGUGAUCACUAUUGAUGGAAUCAGCAUCACGUCUCUUAUGUCUAGUCUUCUUGAUGCAGUCUUUGCUUUAUGUAAUGACACUGAGCAAAAAGCUGAUGGCAUGAAACAAAUGAGAGACGAACUGAAUUUUAGAUUCACAGAUAUUUUCUCAAGUGAAGAAACACUAAAAACUGAAAGAAAAGUUAAAAUAAUAUUUGCGAAACUGAAAGAGCUAUUGAAAAUUCGAAACAGUCGACCAGUUUUGAUAUUCGAUAAUGUACAAGAUAUGAAGUUGUUGUUCAACUAUUUGAGUCUUGAACCCGGAAGUAAACAAUUUACGACUUUUGUAGUCAUUACAGCCAUUGAAAGACGCGUUUCCUUAGAAAGAUUUAGUGACUAUGUACGAGUAAAGGAACUAGAUGAAGGCAUGGUGCCUGCAGACUCAGUUAAAUUACUUGAGAAUAUUACAGGACUGACUAUCAAUCAAGAUGCUUAUAAACUAUCAAAUGAACUUGAUCAGCAGCCUCUUGCGAUAGCAACAGCUGCCAUUUACAUAGAGAGUGUUCGUGAAGGACCGCCAAAACGCCUUGAUUAUUCAUACUUUGAUUACAUCACCGAGUUUAAAAGAGAUAUUUACUCUCUUGGCAUGGAAGAAGAAAUUGAAUGGCGGGAAAGUGACGCAUCAAAGUAUAACGUCUCCAUGUUUACAGCAGUCCUCAAGGCUGUUAACCGUUCUGCACAGAAUGACCCUGUUGUUCGUGAAAUUGCUUGUACAGCAGGAUAUACUGAUUCGUCUCCUCUAAGCAUGUCCUUUGUGCUCGAUGUUUUCAAAAAUAGCACACACAAUUUUACAGAAGCGCAAAUCCGAACUUCUUUGCGCAAUGUCCUGUUUAAGGUCCAUGGCAAAAAAGGAAUUCAGGCGUUGUCAAGUCACCAGGUGAUCCGUGCGGCUUUCCGUCUUGUGUGCAAGAGAUUCUAACAUCACUAUGUCUAUUCUCUACAAGAGAGGGUUUACAACUGUCAAACAUCAUCACUACUCGACUUUCAAGUGUUUUUCUG